UGAUUGCGCUAGCGAGAACAAAGAAACGAAUACGAAUAGAUAAGAGGUAUCGUUGAUACGGCAGAGCAAUAAAUGACUGGUUAGUGGUAAUUCACGAAACGAGAAGAUGAACACACUAAGAAUACGCAUUGACCAUACCAUCAGCUAUCUCCCUCCUGGGAAAUGCCAGCAGUGGCGUGCUCGCACGGUGUCCGGUCCCCGGGAACACGGAGAAGACCUGUUCGACUUGUACAAAAGCAAGAGCUCUGGUGCAAAUGAUGAUGCUAACAUGCAAUCUGAUGUAUCGAUGCUAAGCAUCGUCUACCACUUUACAUCUGUGUCACAUGACAUCACACAGAGAUAUGAUGGUUUUGAUUGUCGUUCACCCUACCAGACCCAUCCUUCAGACUGGGCUUUCGUAAGUCGUCUCGCACUAUCAUGUAUGUAUCUCGCGUUUUCUUUCCAGUUUCUUAAAAUUCGCGCACGUUCGUCGAUCAAUGAGAUCGUAGUCUGUUAACGACGAUUCAUUCCAUUUUAAUUCCGUUCUCUCCAUUCAGCCUCUAUCGAUUUACGCGAGUCACAGCCUUUCCGUAACCUCCUGAAAAUGUUGCGAUAUCAACGCUGUCACAUCUCAUAUCCAUCUGUGUGCGUCGAAAAUGGUGAGAUUCCCAUCAGUCCUAUAUCCUUUUAGUAUACUGCUAAUAUUUUCUAGCUCUGACCGACUUCUUCUGUACCGUACGUGUCACCGCUGCGCGGCCAAUGCCAGAAUCUAUGCUGUCGGUAUCUUCUGAAUCCGAAUUGCAAACGUUGCUGACUUGCUCUUUAUCUUUGUCUAUUUCUAUUUCACUCAUUCUCUCUUUCUCUCUCUCUCUCUCUCUCUCACACACUCUCUCGAAAUUUAACAUUGAAUGAUCUCGGCAGGUGUUGCGGAAUACGCGUCACCAGGCAGUGAACAGCAUUUGGCAAUUAUUGGUCCGGUUCAUUGUUAGUUUACAUAGGGAGUUGAUCUUUCCACUUGUUCAGGCCGUGUUUUUGCCAGAAAUUUGUUGCUCUUGCCUAUCAACGAUUCGACAAGCGUUUCCAAAUUCCGCCGUCACGCCGUCCGUAAAGCAUAACGAGAGCCUCCUGGCGGCGGCUCCGUGCGAUUUCAUGUGUGUUCGAGGAAUAUAUCGCGAUUCGUUGAACGGGAUACAUCUUAUCGCCGGUGCUUUCGUCUCGAGCAAUAGCAAUUGUUGUGGCAAAGAAAGAAACAAAAUUCUUAAUUCAAUAACGAAAUAGAACUGAAGCAUUACAACUGUUCUAGUUUUCCUGUCCUUGAUUAUAGGACUUGGUUAAUAUUGAAGCAAGCACGAAAAGUGGAUGAGCUAAAAUUGUAUUGAAAGAAACAUAUUUUGGUGUUGUUCACGGUGCUAGGUCUUUUCGAUGAAGCAUUAAGUAGACUGUUUUUCCAGGCAUACUUAGUGGACUACUA